CUUGUUCAUCAACGAAAGAUGGUUGGCGCAGUUCACAGUCUGGACGAUUGCGAUUUUCUUGGGGAUGGAACUCGAAGUAUAGCUGUGUUGACCUCCAUCGGUCUUCACGUUUUCCAAUGCAGCCAUAUUCUAGACUUCUGUCUACCCCUGUUAGAUGUCAGACUUCAAUCUCUUCCUUCUUCCUUCAAGCCCCCAUAG